GAUUGUUUGUCGCUCUUGUCUGGUUCCUGAAUUUUCUUUUUUAAACUUAUCCUGCCUGAGGCUCUUGAAAAACGCACGACGAUCCCAUCGCCUUAACACUAACUCACUGAUAGACCCGGUUUUCCGGGACGGGCAGAACAGGUUGUACGUUAGGCACCUAACGGUUAACAGGGAACAAACCGGAGCCCGAACGGGACGAAGGAGAAAAACGCCUCGGUAGGGCUGGAACACAAUCAUGUCUUCCGAAGGGCGAAGGUCGGAGGAAAGGAAGGAGGAUGGGGAGAAUACCACUGGUAGUGGGGGCAAGACCAAGGUUUCUUCACAGACGAGUGCUUUCCAGUCCGCUGUUGCCGCUUGGAGAGGUUUGUUCGCUCUCCAGUUUCUGUCUUCCGCCUCCCCUGAAUGGGAUGGGAUGGGAUAAGGUGAGGAAGCUAAUGUGGGGAUGGGAGGGGUGGGGGGUAGAUAUCGAUCUCACAACACUACAAAAGAGCCUCGAUGCUACUGCUACGGAAAUCGUUAGUUCACAGAAGGAUGGACUUAUUCAGCGGAAAGAGCUGGCGCAGAAGACGAAGGAGUAUAGGAAGCUUGAUGAGGAGGCUAGAAAGGAGGAGUGGAAAGGGUUAUUGAAAUGUUUGUCCUUUCUAUCACACCCUUUUCGUCCUUGCGAUGAUGGAUGGGUAAAUGCGGUUUGCUGAGACUGGCGGAUGAGUUAGCAUAUCAAAUGUUCAUUGACCAUUUGAGCACUUCCAAGAAGGCCACCGAAAAUUCCUUCUUGUCGGUUUACUCCUCCCUCUCCGAAGCCCCCGACCCGUACCCACUUCUCGAGGCUACGAUCGAUUCGCUACUCUCCCUAUCCGACAUGCAGUCCCUCAACCGUGAGAAUUCCUCUUUAAAUGCCACAGUCGCUCGGUUAUCCGGGCAGGUGUCCAACCUGGAGGCCUCAGUCCAUGCGAAGAACAGAGAGCUUGAGAAGAGAGAGAAGGAACGAGAAGAGGAGGUCAAGAAGACCGAAGAGGUCUGGAGGGGAGUUCUCGACGAGAAGACGAGGAAUUGGGAGGGGAAGGAGAAGGCCCUUAUGGAGAAGUUGCAACAUCAGGAGAGCGUGCUUAAAGAGAUUAAAGCGAGCUAUGAAGUUGCGCAGCGCAUGGGAGGUUCUGGUGGGGGCGCCGGUGGUGAGGAGGAUGUGCUUGUCAAGGAGCGCACGGCAGAGUUGGAACUUGUCUCCAGUGAUCUUGAGAGGACUACGCUACGGUUAGCACAGGCGGAGGCUAGAAAUGAGCAAUUGAGGGCUGAGCUGGCUAGUGCGAAGGAUGGGAUUGUGAGUGAAGCGGAGGAGAAGAAGGAUGAAGAAGAUCCUAUCAUUGCGCGCCUCCAAGAGCAGAACUCGGAUUUGCUUAGGAAGGUGGAGAAUGCCCGCUCUGAUGGUGAGGGUCUGAAGAGAGAGUGGGAGCGGAAGAUUAGAACCUUGGAGCGCACAGCUGAAGCACUCAGGAGGGAUAAGGAUACACUCAAGGAGAAGGUGAGGAAGUGGGGAGAUUAUGAAGAGGUGCGGAGGGAGUUGGAGAUUCUGAAGGUUUGUCCUAUGCUUUUUGAAAGCCCCCGGAUUUGGAACUUUAGCUCACGUGGCGCAGUCUAUUGAAUUCUCCACUGGGGACGACGAGGGGGAAGCGGAUGAGUUGCUGGAUUUCUCAAGAACAGGGACAGCAGACAAUGGCAGUGCUAUAAAUGGUGGCAAAGUUAAGGGUGAUAAGGAAGAAACUCUGGAGCAGCUCCUUCUAGCUCGUAAUAAAAAACUCGGAAGUGACCUGACUCUCCUCCGGGUCUCCCGCGACGAGCUCUCACAACAACUCCGCACCCUCCAGCAGGCUCUUGACUCGACUACCUCGGAGCUAUCUUCCUCCAGGGCACUCAACCAGAAGCUUGAAGAUGACCUGCUGAAGUUCCAACAAGAAACCCAACACUCUGCUAUGUCCGUAGCGGGUACCUACGUCUCCCGGUACCCUGCCCAAUCCAUCGCUCAGGGCUCCCACGCUAGCCGCACCCGGGCCUCCCCGACCUCUCCAAUAAUCUCUGGUGCAGUCCCCCAUGCGUCCUCCUCCACCCAGCUCUCGCUCGAGUCCAUCCGCACCGGCGAAACCCAAAACGCUGGCAUCCUCCCCAUGAUCACGGCGCAGCGCGACCGCUUCAAGGCCAAAAACACCCAACUAGAAGACGAGCUCUCGCGUGUGCAAGCCACUGUCUCCAACCUCCGACAGGAAGUCGCCUCACUGCAAAAGGACAACCUCCAACUUUACGAGAAGACUCGUUACAUCCAAACGUACCGCCAACCCCCAACACUAAGCACCACCAACACCGCCGCCAGCUCCGGUUUUGGCACAAAUGUGAACCCAUCCUCGACUCUCCACCCGUCCAACACCUCAUCCUCCUCGUCGGGCAAUCCCAUAGACAGGUAUAGGCAGGCCUAUGAGUCGAAUAUAUCCCCCUUCGAGGCCUUCCGCGGACGUGAGACGGCUAGGGCGUUUCACCGUAUGGGCAUGCUCGAAAGGCUGAUUUACUCGUUAACAAGGGUUAUAUUGGCGAAUAGAUUGAGCAGGAAUUUGUUUGCCGGGUACUGUCUCGCGCUGCAUGUCCUUGUGUUCUGUGUCGUUUGGUAUUCGGUGAUUGGAGAGGUGGAUAGGCAUGGCGCCGCCGGGAUGGCGGCUGCGGGGGCGGGGAUUAAUGCUGGCGGUGGCGGUGGUGUGGGCGCCGGGGCGGGGGCAUUUGAGGAUGGAGAAUGA